GGGCUUCUUCUGCCCCUCAUGUCGAGCUUCCAUCUUAUCGCGGUGGCGACCAUCGUCAGACAGAUACUUUGCUGCAGAGUUAGUAAACAGCGUACUAAGACACCUGGUUUCUGCAAAAUAGUAAGUGUGCAGUUCGACUUCCAUCAUCUUGUCCACCCUCAUUGCUUCCGCUCCUUACACCACCUGAAGAGGUAGCCAUCACAAUGGCGGCCAAUGGCGAAGUAAAGCACCAUCGUGCUGUCAUCGGUAACGAAAACAACUUUUGGCUCUACUCAUCGCGCACAGGUUUCGAUCUCACCCACCCACCGAAACCUGACUCAGCGCCGGUCACGCCUAGCAUCACUAUCAAAACGACAAAUGUGCCCAUUACGAUUGAUCCGGCCAAAUCAGCCCUCAUAAUCAUUGACAUGCAGAACUUCUUCCUUAGUCCCGCGUUCGGCAGGAAAAGAGGAGCCGGUCAUGCUGCUCUCGACCAGUUGGCACAGGUCGCCAUCCCCGCCGCUCGAAAGGCCGGCAUCAGAGUCGUUUGGGUCAACUGGGGCUUGUCAGACGAGGAUAUCGCUCAGCUUCCGCCCGCUGUCACCAGGACUUUUGGCUUCGAAGUAGUGAACGAUGAGGAAGGUGUAAUGAACGGCAAUGCCUUCGAGCGGAAGGGCGCCGGUGACGGUGUUGACCGACAUGGCGAUACGGGAGUCUUAGGCGGCCAUACUCAGUUCGAAGACGGAAAGAAGGGACGCAAGUACAAAGGUCUUGGUAGCGAAAUGGGCGUUGUAGAAGAUCCAGAAACUGGCGAUGAGGUCGACGCGGGCAGAAUGCUAUCAAGAGGUGCGUGGAAUAGUGCGCUUUAUGCCCCUCUCGACAAGAUCUACGAAGAGGGCACCAAGCUGAGCUCUCGCCCUGAUGUGUGGAUACACAAGAAUAGAAUGAGUGGCAUGUGGGGCCCGAAGACGGAUCUAGAGCAGUUCCUGGAGAAGGAAGGCAUCUUGACUCUGUUCUUCACGGGAGUUAAUACUGAUCAGUGUGUGGGUGGUACUUUGACGGACAGUCUAUCGAAGGGCUUCGACUGUAUUCUAGUCAAGGAUGGGACUGGCACAACGAGCCCGGAGUAUGCGCAGCAAUGUUUCGAAUACAAUGCUGCCAACGGCUUCGGAUUUGCAACAACUUGCAAGGACUUUGCCGAUGGGGUGGAAAGUGCGCCGAAGUAGUGUGACGCACAGAGACUUGAAGACUGCGUGAAGUGAGGGCCAGCGGUGGUGCAAAGCGGAGGGGCGAGCCUGGUUAUGCAAGUGAUCACGUUACACCAAAGCUCACUUUGGUACCAGUCACCUCGUGAACGCGAUGUACCAACCUUCACCUCCUCCCGUGGUGGGCAAGCACGACACGCUGCGCCUGCACGUCUGUACUGGUAUACGCGACGGUCACCUCCUACGACCACGACUUCCUCUCGGCAAGGAC